GUAGAUCUAAACUUUAACCUCGGCGACGCUUCAUCAACUGCAAGUAUGACUCAAACCCAACAUAACGCUGGCUUCGAGUAUAUCGAUGCCGAGACAAAUCUCUAAAUUCAACUUCUUCCUGGCAAGCCUCAUGUAAAAAUAAAGCAAAUACACAAAAUACACAAAAAAGCAGAAAAUCAACCAUGCCCUCAAAAACCUCACCCCUCACCAACAUCAAAGCCCUCCUCUUCGACGUCUUCGGCACCGUCGUCGACUGGCGCUCCUCCGUCACAGACGAAAUCUCCCUCCGCACAUUCCGCAAGCUCUCUUCUCAAGAAAACCCCCUCCCACCUGCUUUAAAGACCCGUCUCGAAGGCCUCACGCAGCAGGACUGGGACCGCUUCAUCCAGGAAUGGCGGGAUUCGUAUAGUGCCUUUACGAGAUCUUUCAACAAGGACACGGACGCCUGGAAGAGCGUCGACGAGCAUCACCGCGAUAGUCUCGUUGAGUUGCUUGGAAAAUGGGAUCUUGAGGGCUUAUUUACUGAGACGGAGAUUGAGAGCUUGAGUCUUGUGUGGCAUCGUCUUACGCCGUGGCCUGAUUCUGCCGAUGGCCUUGCGGAGCUGGGACGCAGAUAUGCUACCGGCACGCUGUCCAAUGGAAACACCAGCCUCUUACGCGACCUCGCCGACUUUGGCGGGUUGUCCUUUCAAAAGAUCUUCUGCGCUGAGACGUUCAAGACUUACAAACCCGACCCGGCAGUGUACCUCGGCGCCGUGCGAGCGCUGGGCUUGCAGCCGGAAGAAGUGGCCCUUGUGGCGACGCAUCUCGGGGAUCUUCACGCCGCUAGAGCUUGUAGGUUGCGGACAAUCUACGUCGAGAGGGAUAGGGAGGAGGCGUGGGGGAAGGAAGAGGACCGUUAUAUAGAGGCGAAGAACUGGGUGGACUUGUGGGUGACGGAGGGGGAGAAUGGGCUGCUUACUGUUGCGGAGAAGUUGGGGGAACUGGAGUAGGAAGAAUGUGAUAGAUGACGGGGAAAAGAGGGUUGUGAAUAUGUGGAAACUACUGGCUUCGCUGGAUUUGGGGAUUGAGUGGAUGAUUGGGGUUGUUGAGUGUGGGGAUUGAAGACUCCGUUUUGAUAUACGAGAUGUCUUACUUAUAACGAGUUGCCAUGAUAUGAAACGAAUAUAAACCCGAGUGACGGUAACUACUCGAUUUGGAGGGCAUAUCUUAUAAGACUGCCUGAGUAUUGGCUGUGUAGUUUCAUUACUCUUUGGACUAUUGAAUUGCAUUCAUUCUGGCAGCCUCGGAGCGGGAUACGAGAUAGAUGAGUUACGAUAUUACCUAUGUAUAGCUUUAGCCAAUUGCAC